AUGGCAUUGGUAGACGAAACCUCUAACCGCGGAAAACCAGUGCUUGACAAAUGGUCAGAGAUUGAGGCACGGUUGUCUCGCAUAGUCGUUGGCCAUGUCAUGGCGAACCCGGAGGGCCAAACACCAGGUUUCGAUUCGGUGGAGGUAGUCCGCGGUUACCGUGUCAUUAAGUUUGAUGACCAAUUCUCACUGCAUUUUCUGACAAACGUGAUUGGAAAAAUCCAGAACAGCUGGGAAGGCUUGAAACUCAAGCUAAUUCCGGCCAGCGAGAUUCCACGAAGGCCGCGGGCUCGCAUCUGGGUACCAAACAUGGAGUUUCAAGCCAAUAAACUAAUCCUCUACCUUCAGGCUCAUAAUCGCUCAGUACCGAUGGCCGAUUGGUCGAUCAUCAAAGCGGAGGCUCCGCAAAGGCACAGCAGGUCUUUCCUCUUUCUAAUUACAGAAGAGAGUCUGGAACCACUGGAGAAAGUUGGAAACAAACUUCAGUUUGGGAUCAGGAAGACCCAACUGAAGAUAUUCCGUUGUGCAAACCCGGAAGAGCACCAGGAUGAGGUCGAUGGUGCCAACGAACUGCUGACUGGCAUGCAGCUAGAUGACACCGAGUCCAAAAAAGGAAACCAAUAA